AUGACGUCGAAAUUUGUAACGAAUGAUGGUGUGGCUAUCGCGUAUAGCGAUACGGAUUCACAGAAUGAGGAGGGAUCGGAGUGUUUGAUUCUUUUGCACGGCUUUACCGGCUCAAAAGAUGUUUGGCAAAAGAAUAUACCUGCCUUACGCAAAACAUACCGUGUUAUCGUACCGGAUCUGAGAGGUCAUGGAGAUAGUCAAAAACCAAAACAUGGAUAUCAUGUUAGUCGUCUCGCGAUGGAUUUACAUGAACUCAUACAGCAUAUUAUCAAUUCAUCUGCUGUCAGCCAAAAGGAUACUCAAGUAAACAAGAAAUUCCUUGCUAUUGGUGGGAGUCUCGGAUGUGCGAUUCUUUGGAGUUAUGCUGAACUUUUCGGGACGGGGUUGUUCAGAAAAAUGAUCUUUGUGGAUCAGAGCCCGCUUCAGAAUUCCACGUUGGAUGGCUGGGAUAGUCGUUUUUGUAAUCGUGGGAUGAAUAAUCCGUGGGCGAUUGCUUCGCUUCAGAAAACGCUAGAGUUGGCGCCGGAAUUGGCGCAUCGGGGAACUAUUGCGGCUUGUUUGGGAUAUCGAUAUGCACCGAUUGAAUCGGAGAAAGGAGUCAGGACCCAGGAGGAAAUGGAUAAUGAUGAGGCUUUUUUUCUAGGAGAAGCACUUAAAGGAAAUGGUAGAUGGUUGGGGAAACUCAUGGAGGAUCAUACGUCUAAGGAUUGGAGAGAUAGCAUUCGUGCUUGUUUUGGAUCGGAGAGCGGAAGUGAGACGGAGGUUUUAGUUGUAGGCAGUAGCAAGAGUGGAUGUUUCCCUGCAGAGGGAGUAUUGAAGAUUGUGGAGUUUAUAAAUGGUGGAAUGAAAAUGGAUGGAAAGAUUAGAGAAGGGAAGGCACGAGGUGUAGUAGUUGAUUGGGGCGGUCAUUGGUGUUAUUGGGAGGAGCCGGAUAGGUUUAAUAACCUAGUUUUCGAGUUUUUUGGAAUGGAAGGAACGAUCUGGGGGUGUUGA